AUAUUCUCCAUUACCCCUACUCAAUUCCCAUGCACCAAAAAAUUAAGACACAGUUUUCAAUUGAGAACACAAAGAAAUGAUGAUGAACCAAAAUAAUCAAGCAAUGAUGAGGAAAACAAGAACGUUCCAAUUGCAAAAAGCACCAUCCAAUAUCCAAGAGCAUCAAUUCAUGAUGACAUCCCCUAAUGUUAUUGACCAAUAUUCCAAUUUUACCCCCAAGAAAGCAUCGCCGCCGCCGCCGCCGCCGGUGAAAUUUCCAACAUCACCGGAACAAAUAUUUGGACAAGAGAUUAUACACUUCAGUCAUCCACAACACAGCUUGUCAAUGGUGGAGAUGGGUGAGGUGUUUGUGUGUGUGGGAUGUAAGGAAUAUGGAUGUGGAAAGAGAUUUGUAUGCCAAGAAUGUGAGUUUCAGCUUCAUGAUUUCUGUGCUUUUGCUCCUCCUGCUCUCAAGGCACAUCCCUUGCAUUCUCAGCACUCCAUCUUGUUCCAUUCCAAACCAGCUAAAAGUGGAAAAGUGAAAUCAAAAUGUGAUGUUUGUGGGAAACCAACCAAAGGCUUUGCAUUCAUAUGCACUGCAUGUGGCUAUCAAAUGCAUCCAUGCUGUGCCAUGCUCAACACUGAAAUUGACUACCCACCCCAUCCACACACCCUUAAGAUCCUCCCGGCCGCCGCGACCGCCUCGGCCGCAGACUCCACCGGCUUCAUAUGUGGGGAGUGCAAGAGGAAGAGGUCAGGUAGGGUGUAUAAGUGCACUUCUCCUCAAUGUGAGUACUAUAUCCAUGCUUGGUGUGCUAAGAGCAAGGUUAAUGGGCUCAAGGCCCAUGGUAUAAAACCCCCAGAAAAGCCCAGCAUGAUUGCCACUGCUGCAAAAGUUGCUUCACAAGUUGUUAUUGAAUUCAUUGGUGGGUUGGUUGAAGGCAUUGGAGAAGGUGUUGGAGAAGUUCUUGUUCAAAACAUUACCAAAGGAAGUGCCAAUGAUCAUUCUCACACUUCCAAUACUAGUAAUACUACUAGCACAAGAACUAGGCCUCACUAAUUAAGUAAUUAAUUAUUAUAUUUGGGUAAAUUAUUUUCAUUUUCCUUAAAAUAGGUCAUAUAUAUUGCACCCCACAUUUUCUAAAUACUAAGAUUAUAUAUAUAUAUGGCACUUGAUUAGUAUUUUAA